AUGACAACAUUGACACAAAACUACGCUUUCAAUUUUCCAGAGAAGGGAGUGAAUGACGUUGUAAAAAUCUCAGGCAUGCGCAGUUUGACAGAUUUCACCGUGUGCCUGUGGAUGCGUUCAAGUAGCGCUCAAGGAACUCUUGAUAGUUACGCUGUAAGCAACAGUGAUAACGAACUACUUAUCGAAUACGACAGAUAUUUCGACUUUCUCAUUGGUGGCAAAGAAAGGAAAACUUCGGUAACAGCUUUUGAUGGGGGUGGCACUUUGACGCUGGGGCAAGAUCAGGACUCGGUGGGUGGUGAUUUUGACGAGACUCAGUCCUUCCAAGGAAUGCUAGCCAAUGUCAAUAUAUGGGAUUACGUGCUUUCUAAUACACCUAUCGAACAUAUGACGUCGUGUCUCUGGGGUGAAGGGGACGCUAGAAAAGUUUACAGAUGGCUUGAUUUUAUUCGCCAAGAAGGAGCAGCACUCAUUGAUCCAUCUCCUUGUAAACCGUUAGGGGAAGACUACGCUUUCCACUUUCCAGAGAAAGGAGUCAAUGACGUUGUGAAAAUCUCUCACGUGCGCAGUUUGACAUGCAUUUACCGUGUGCCUGUGGAUGAGUUCGAGUGA